GCGUCUGGGCUGGGGAGAGCUGCAGCAGCAGAAGUAGUCAGGCAGCGGCGCAGACACAGGAACAGACGCAGAGAGGAGAGGUGUUUAGAGGACAACAUACAACGAUCCUGUCCUGUCGCAAGGCACGCGGAUGUGAUGCCCACCUGGAGAGACAUGGUGUAAACAAACCUGCUUUUACCCCGUCAACGAGUUCCAUCACCGCGGAGACUGCUGCACGAUGUUGAGUCGUCUCUUCAGCGAGGUGCUGCCGGACGUUCAGCGGCUCGCGGCGGACUGGGCAGAGGAGCACGAGCACGAGAAGGCGAAAGAAGAUGAUAAUGACACGAGCGCACUAAUGGAGAACGACCUGGAUGAUGCGCAGGAGGGCAGCAGCAGGGCCGAGUCUGAGCUCGCGGGAGACGACGAGGACGAGGAGGAAGAGGAGGAAGCCGAGGAAGAGGACUGUGGGGACGAGAACGGUUUAGGUGGAAAGCCCAAGAAGCGCGGACCUAAAAAACGUAAGAUGACCGCGGAGCGCGUGGAACGGUCCAAAGUGCGGCGCAUGAAGGCAAACGCGCGGGAACGCACGCGCAUGCACGACUUGAAUUCAGCACUGGACAAUCUGCGCAAAGUCGUCCCGUGUUAUUCUAAAACUCAGAAACUGUCAAAGAUAGAGACUCUACGUCUCGCCAAGAACUACAUCCUGGCUCUGGGGGAGAUCUUGCGCAAUGGUAAACGACCUGACGUGGUGACGUACGUGCAAAUGCUGUGCAAAGGACUGUCUCAGCCCACCACAAACCUGGUCGCGGGUUGCAUGCAGCUCAACACCCGGAAUUACCUGACGGAGCAGUGCGCGGACGGUGCGCGCUUUCACAUGGCAGGUUCGCCUUUCUCUGUGCCCUACUCCUACCGAUGCUCACGACUUUCCAGCCCGCACUACCAGCCUGGAGCGGGCCCCUUGAGCCUGCGCGCCCAAAGCUACAGCUCUGCCUAUGAGGCCUCGGAGUACAGCAGCCCGGACUACGAGGCCGCGCACAGCCCCGUGUGCUCGAGCCGGCAGCAUGAGUCCUCGGACUCAGACAGGAAUUACCAUUAUUCUAUGCAUUACUCUGGACUUACCACGUCCAGGAACAACAUAUCCUUUGGGUCAUCUGGAGCGCGCAACAGUGGUGCACACGCGGAAAACAUCCCACCUUUCCACGACGUGCACCUGCAUCAUGAUCGUGGCGCACAGUAUGAGGAUCUCAAUGCGUUUUUCCACAACUGAGCGUGACACGAGGCACGUGGAUCAAUGACAGUCCUCUGUGUUCAUAGUUUGAAUGAAGGUGUGUGUCAACCCUGUACAGUCUGUCCGUUCUAUCUGUCUAUGAACAGUGCAAUGUACCGGAUCCGAAACAAAUAAAAUGUUUUAUAAUGGUC